AUGGACCAUCUAGACACUUUCCAUCGAGGCGACGGCUGGUCAAAUGAUGGCCCAGCAGGCUAUACUCAGAUGGACUACUACUCCGGUUCAUUUGCCAUUCAAUACCUUCAGCUGCUUUACGCCAAGCUUGCAGGUGACUCCGACCCAAAGAGAGCAGAAGAGUACCGCGACAGAGCCCGCAAGUAUGCUCUUGACUUUGCGCAUUACAUGGAUCCCGAAGGUCAUGCUAUCCCGUUCGGACGAAGUUUGACAUAUCGCUUUGCAACCGUAGGCUUCUGGGCCGCCGUAGCUUUUGCAGAAGUUGAGCUGCCUGCUCCACUGUCGUGGGGCGUGGUCAAGGGUAUGCUUCUACGAAACUUGCGAUGGUGGUCCAAACAUCCAGAUGUUUUCCAGCCGAACGGUAUGCUCAACAUUGGUUACACAUACCCGAACUACUACCUGGCUGAGAACUACAACUCUCCUGGUUCACCAUAUUGGUGCAUGUUGGCUUUUGCUCCUCUGGCGCUGCCGAAAGAGCAUCCGUUCUGGACCUCGAAGGAAGAGCCGCAUCCUUUCAGAUCGGCGACCCCUUCGCUUCCAGAGAUCAAAGCUCUGAGGUACCCCUUGCACAUCAUGGUGCAUAAGGCUGGACACACNUUUUUGCUCUCCUCGGGUCAGAAGUGCCAUUAUCCGCUCAAGUCUACCCAAGCCAAGUAUGGACAUUUCGCAUACAGUGCUUCCUUCGGCUACAGUGUGCCAACAGGCGGCUACACCAUUGAACAGUAUGUUCCAGAAUCCGCUUUGGCUCUGAGUGAUGAUGGAGGCGAGAUGUGGAAGAUGCGUCGUGACGUCGAGAAUGCUGAGUUGAACACCAAGGAUGGCUCGCCAUAUCUGUACUCGGAGAUGAGGCCUUGGUCAGACGUCAAGGUUCGUACUUGGUUGCUUCCACCUACUGACGAGGCACCUUCCUGGCAUCUGCGCGUGCACCACGUACAAUCGGGUAGAGCUCUGCAGAGCUAUGAGGGUGCCUUUGCUAUCAAAGGCACGGCGAAGAAUACUGGACGUGCGCUGGGCGCCUUGUCUUCUUCGUCACCACACGAAGGUAUUGCGGCCAGCCAAGCAUCCGCCUUGACAGUGUCAGAGGCUGGUGUUGUCGGCAUUGUUGACUUGCAAGCACCAAGACUUGGCAAGGUGCUCGAAGUCGAUGCCAACUCCAACCUGAUCGAAGCUCGUACUGUGCUUCCUUCUUUGGGUAUGGAUAUCGAGCCUGGCAAGGAUGUAUACUUUGUCACGGCUGUUUUUGCCAUGCCGGCUUCGGAAGGUUGGACGGAGAGAUGGCGUCGGGCAUGGGAGAAGAAGCCAGUGCUUCCCACUUGGGUGAAAGAGGCCAUGAGAUAG